AUGAGUUUUUCUGAACGAUAUCUUGCCAGAGGUGGACGAUUAACUUCCACUGAUAAGGUUUUGCCCCAUUUAUUUUUGGGUAGUUUAAGAGACAGACACAAUGUUGUCGCUAUGAAAAAAAAUAAAAUUUCGCAUGUUGUAUGUAUUAUCGAUGUACCAGAUAUAAUUGUGGAUAAAGAAGGUUCGUAUACUGUGCUAAAUAUUCAAGCAGCAGAUUCGAUUGAACAAAAUUUAUCUCAACAUUUUGAGAAAUGCAUCGAUUUUAUCCAUGCAGCACGACUAGAUGGAAAGGAUGUUUUAGUACAUUGUCAAGCUGGUAUUUCAAGAUCAGCAACUAUUGUACUGGCGUAUUUAAUGACAAUUAUGGACUAUGAUUUUGAUAAAGCAAUGCAAAUUGUCAGAGGAGCUCGAGAUUACAUUUAUCCAAAUUAUGGAUUCUGUGAGCAACUAAAAAAAUAUCAAACAAAUGAUAUAAAAAAAAAAUGGUACAGUUUACGACGUCGAUAUUCAAAUUAUUGUUCUAUAGAAGAUGAACGAUUUACACAGAUCUUAUUAUCUUCUUAUUGGAAACAAUUUGAACCAGCGUACUCAGCUGAACCUGUCUAUUGGCCAAUGAGACGAGCUGUAGUUAAAAGACAAAAUAUAGCUAAAACAAGUAUUGACGAUGUUGAUUGUUACAAUUUACUUUCACUUCAUAAGAAAAUUCCAUUAACGACUGGAAAAACGAGUAGAACAACAUCAGCCAGUUAUUAUAAGAAAGAUAGUUUUAUAGCAAAUUUGCGAAAAACAGCAUUGAUAUUAGCCGGUAUAGCAGUUAGCCUCGUACUUCUUCGGAUAUGUCUUAUGUUAUGUAAAAGUAAAUCAUCGGCUACGAGAGAUCAUCAUAGACGAUCAGCAUCUGUUGUACCACAUCAGUCGGUUGCGAUCAUUGACGUAGAACAUAAAUUAGAUGUACCACCAAAAUAUGAAGAAGCAAUCAAAUCAGGAAGUGAACAUGAAUGGAAAUUACCAUCUUAUGAAGAAUUGCAAACUACUACUAUUGCAUUACCAAACACUUCUUAA